AUGGACGUUAAGGACGAAGCCAAUGACGCCGCUUUAGCGAAUAUAUUAUUCACCGGAGCGAAGUGCAAGAAGCGCAAGAAUAUAAAGGUUGAGUUGCUUAAUGCGGCGUACCAUCGUCUCGAAAGCCCGAAAAUUACGUAUAAGACUUUCAAAAACAAUCUAAGUGAAGCCUCAAAAUUUCACCAAUAUCUCGGGGCCCUCAUAGUUUUCCUCCCGUUUGGCGAGGCCAAGGUCACAAAAUUGAACUCGAAGGGCGUUAAGAAGUACCUUAAAGCCCACACUCAAUAUCAGGAUCUGUCGCAAACAGGGCAAGAGUUUCUUAAAUCGAUCUUCACGGGUGAUGCAUUUGCCAAAAGGAUUUGGGAAAUCCACCCUUUCAGCCAAAGUUUACCUUUGGAGCAUCAAGUCGCCCUCCUUAAAAUCAAGUCUUCAGAUCCUCUGCCUGGCAACUAUCGAGUUGAUCAACGUGGACAUGUCGUCCUUUCGAGCCCGCUUCCAAAACCAUCGUCCUUCCCUACCAAGGUACCGAACGCAGACUGCACAAAAGCAACCUCACAACCAUGUUUACCAUUCUCGCCCAUAUUGUUCGUAUCACCAUUCAACUUGCAAAACAAAGACAACACCGAGGCAGGCGGAAUCGAAGCGUCCCCACACCCAUCUCUUCUAGCGCCCUCCGAUUUCCCACCACUGCCUUCAUCGUCAUCUCCUUGGUCACUGCCGGCAACACCAGCCUUAUCCAACCCUCUCCCUCUCCGGUCAUCAUCAACCUUGGUGGUUCCGACCUCCUGGCUAACCGACAAUGUCAUCGAUAAAUAUAUGGGUGACCUCGCCAAAAAGCACGGCUUCUGUUUCUUCAACAGCUGUUUCUUCAAUCAGGAAAGGCCCAUUAACAAAAAGUGGAAGGCCGAACAUGGUAAUCCCUUAACAAAUCUAAUAAUAAUCCCUAUCAACCACAAUCAUCACUGGUACCUAAUGGUCAUGUACAAGCCAUCCAACUCUUUAGUUGACACCGAUCGAACCGUCUGCUUUCUUAAUUCCUGGGAGAGCGUGGCCUCGUACGCCCAAAAUUUCGAACGUUGGCUCGCAUAUCUCAACGAUCUUGGGUGGAAAGGUCGGGUAGAGGAAACUCAAAUACAAGUUCCCCAGCAGACCAAUGGUUCCGACUGUGGAGUUUAUGUCCUGGCAUUCGCUAAAACGAUUGCAGACAACUACAGCGCGUUUUUGUCUAGCCCUAGUAACCUUCUCCAGGACUUCUGGAACUUCGACGCGCGAGAGUUUCGCAAAACCAUAACAGCCGCCGCCAUUAGUGGGCCUGUUAACAACCGAGUCGUUGCUUCCAACAGAGGGAUAGACAACCAUAACGACACUAUCAUCAACUCAAGCGAGAAUUUCCGCAUCGCCGACCUCUCAACUCUUCCAUAUCCCUACCAGGGGGGCAAACGAAAAAAUGGCUCAUCAGCAACUGCUCGGAACGUAUCUUCCUCACUAUCGCCAGCAGACUCAUUAUGGGACUCAUCAGAAGGGGUCGUGGUGGAGAGAGCACAAUGCGCUCCCUUAAGGGUAAAACGACGAAAAAUAUUGUUACCAACCACAAGAGCGUACAACGACGGGGUCAUGACUACUAAUGUGUAA